UGUGAACACGAGAUAAAACCAUUAAAUUUUUAUUUGGAAAUUACUUUUUUCGAAUUAAUCUAUUAUUCAUUGAAUGGUUGUUAUGAUUUAAAAAUAAUUAAUCAAUGUUUCAUUCGACAGAUAGUGUUUUAAUUGAUGAAAAAAAAUUUUUUAAAUUUGUUGAUACAUUAUUUCAUUGUUAUGAUGCAAGUAAGAAAGUGUACAGAUUUAUAACACUUUACUUCGAGAGUUAAUAUUUCGAUUAAUGUAUUAAUAUGUUUCUGUAUCGUCUUUGGGUAACAUUUACUCUAGAUGAAUGAUGAGUCGAUCAUGUAUACUGGUGUGUGCGCUGCCGCACCGGAUCGAUUUAGAAUGUACAAAUUGUAGAGAACCUAAUUUUCAAAUAAUCGAAAGUAUGUGAAUGAUUUUAAUAGAGAAGGUUUGAAAUGUUAGGAGCGUACAGUUUGCGAAUUCGGUUAAACUGUCGGUAUUAAAAAUAAAACUUAAUGAAACAAAUAAAUUAUUAAAAGGAAGAAUGUACGUUUGGUUUUGGUUUAAUGAGCGUGUCGUCAGGCGAAUAUUAGGGUUUCUCUAACAGAGUUUUAACAUAAUUGAAAAUGCGACAGAAUUUAAUAAUGUCAAUAUCUGGAGCAUAUUUUGACUAAUCUAAAGAAUUAGUAGCAAUGAAUUGGGAAGUGUAUCAUCGAUCAAUACUAUAAAGUGCUUCUAAUUGAAUUAAUAAUCGAAAGAGAUUUAUUAAAAAGAUACCUGGGAACAUGUUCUUCUUAUAUACAGGGUGACUCACUUAUACAUGCCUAUCGACAGAAAUAAUGUAACCAAUGCUGGGAACAACCAAUUAAUAUUGUCUAAUACAGUUGCAAGCGGUACAAACAGAAGUAUUUUAGAUUUAUCUGAAUUAAGUGAUGCUGAUCUCGCAGGUUAUAGAUUACGUUGCGCAGUUUGGAUUACAUUUGUAUUGGCAACAGGAUUUGUCGUGGCAGCAAAAUUAUCUUUUGGUCAUGAGGGCCUAGGUUUGGAAAUAUUUGUAUUUUGUGGUCUAUUGACGCUUCUGCUACUUAUAUGUCUGUGUAUCAUUCUUUGUGGUCGUAAUCCCGAGAAUAAUAGUCGUCAAGAAAAUCGUAUUCAAGAGAAUCAGAUUACAUCGUUAACUAAUGCGAGUUUAUCUACUACUGAAAAUUUAAGACCUAUACCACUUAUCAGGCAACAUCCACCACCGCCUUACCAUAUAGCUAUUUUAAUUCCACCACCAGAUUCUUCAGAUGAAGCUGCUCCACCUUCAUAUGACAAAGUUUUCCAAUGAAAAUGUUUCGAUUCUUACUUAAUUUUUAAUAUUUUCUGCAAUAGUUUUAUAUCAUAAAAAAAGACAAAGUACAAUAACAUAUACAGUUUAAGUCCAAAUAUGUACUUUCUCUGCUAUAAAACAAAUACAUUUAUAUAGGGUUUUUACAGAUAUUAAACCAUCUUAUCUCUCUCUCUCUUUCUCUACAUUAAUAAAGAAUAAAUUAUAUUAAUAAUUGGAUAAAUUUCACAUCUGUGAUACAAACAUAGUGAUGCAAUGAAGAUACCAAACUUGAUAAUAUAUAUCUGAUGACUUAAAAAAUUAUAUAUUAAGUUUUUAGUAGAGAUAUUUCAAGAAAUAAUUAAACAAAAUAUAAACGAUGUUCGCGAUAGUUUGCAUUUAAUGUGGAAAAAAAAUAUGUAUUCUAAUUUUUUAUAUUUCAAUAUACAAUGGUGUGAUAUAUAUAGAAUU